AGUUCUAAUAGUCAGAAUGAGCUCAAUCGCUGAGUGUGAAAUUAUAGUGAGUUCAUAUUAACAUUGUUAGCAUAACCACAUCAGCCUCAACACACAGCAUAUUUAGAACAGAGUUGAGUGCGGAAGUGUUGGGUAAUGCCAUCACACACACUGACACUUCCAUACUGGUUUUUCGGUACUUUGACAGCAUCUGCAGUUGGCUAAAGAAAACAAGAUUUGUCUUCACGUCACAAUGAGCUGUCGAAUGGAUGACGUCAUUGGUCUUUGCUGUGAAGUCUCAGCACGCAAGAACAUAAAAGCAGCAGUGAAGAACUCUGGAAAGGGAGCUGCAGCAGCUGGCGGGAGUGCAUUUGUAGGGGGACUGGUUGGAGGGCCAGUCGGUAUAGCUGUUGGUGGUGCUUUGGGAGGUCUCUUGGGAAGUUGGAUGACCAGUGGCCAAUUCAGACCUCUUCCUGAAAUCAUAAUGGAGCUGCCUCGUAAACUCCAGGAGAAACUGUACUCUGAUGUAUUGGCAGCACUGGGCACACUGGACUGGACUGACCUUGCUAACCUCAUUGCUCUUGUUAAUGGGAAUUCUUCUUUGCAUGGGCAAGUGCUUUCAGCUAUACUCACUUAUGCCACAAAAGAGCUGAGGGCUGAAGUGCAGUAUGGAGACUGACCACCAGAGGGCCAGUCAUGUUGUAAAGGAUUAGUUCACCCACAAUGUUAAAUUCUGUCAUAAUUUACUCAACCUAAUGCCGUUCAAAACCCACAUGGCUUUCUGUCUUCAGUGGAACACAAAAGUAGAAGUUAUAAAGAAUGUAAGAGCCCUGUUUUCCACAAGCAUACAGUAUAUUAUAGGUGUCAUAAAAGUAGUCAUGACUCAUGCACUAUAUUCCAAGUGUUCUGAAAUCAUACGAUAGUUUUGCGUGAGGAGCAGACUGAAAUAUACAAGUUGAUAACCACUGAUAAUCUUUCCCUCCAUCAUAGCUCUAAAAAUUUUAUUUGGCAAUAUUUGACAAUCUUUGACACUUAUGUAUAUGAUACGCUUUAAAUACAUAAAUGACAGAAAUUAAAUUGUUUUGGGUUAACUAACCCUUUAAGAAAAACUAUGCAAUUUAUUUAUUUUUCUGGGAAGCAUUUAGGGGGGCUGUUGACUUUGGUUAUAUUUUGAUUGAUUUUGCUUCAGCAUAAGUAUACUCAUAUGUGUUAGGGUACUUAUGGUUGACUCCUGUUUGCUCUGUAUAUGUCAAUGUGUUUUGAUGUCACAUACUAUUGGGAAGGGAGACCAGGGAUGAAACCCUGGGUUAGUUCUAACAGCAUAGUUUAAGGUGAGAAAGUGUUUUUAUUUAUUUAUUCUAGAUUUAUAUUAAAUCAUCAUAUUUUUAGAAGUUAGAAAUAAACAGUCAGGAGGGUUUGGGCAGAAAAGACAACAUUAAAGUCUGGAAAAUCAGUUAGGUUUAGUAAAUUAACCUUAUUUAUAGGUCUUGAAUGGGAUGGGUUCUUGAACAUGUUUUUAUGUUUACAUCACAUUAGGAAAAUAUACCGUAUAUCUCACAAGAAUUGCAAAGACAUAUAUUUGGUUCAUGUGCAUAUCAUGUAUUUGCUGCUGGAACUCUGCUUGCUUUUUGUAGGGACUCUUCUUCAUCGUCAUCAUAUCAACAUGAUCCUUUUUUAUACAGUUAUCCUUUUGUAACCAAAUGUUAAAAAACUACCAAACUUGUGCGUAAUCCAUGGUUAUUGUAAUAAUGCAGGUUAUUUCUGUGGAUAAAUCUCUACCACGGUGUGGAUUAAUGCUUUAAAAAUGUUAUGAUUUAAAAGCCCAGUCAUGUUAAUAUAAUUAAUUUGUUUAUUGUUUAUAAUUUGUAAAAUCGCUAGAAUUUAUUUGUAUAUUCGAUUAAUCACAAUUAAUUAAUUGGGACACCAUGUAAUUAAUUCGAUUAAAAAUGUUAAUCGAUUGGCAGCCCUAAUUUAGAUUGUAGCCUAUAGUUAUGAAAUGUUUGCCAAAUAAAUGCAGAAGUCAAAUAUCACUAUACACUACAAAUAUUGGUUAUAGGGGGAGACCGGGGCUAGUUGUCACAUGGAGAAAUUCUCACAUGGGCUAUAUUUCAGUUGCCAUUUGGUUUUGAUUCAAACGUCCAAUUACACAAAUGUUUAUUUUCUCUAGCAGUGGUUCAUCAUGUUGCUUUCAAACACAUAUGGCAAAACCCUCUUAUAUAGGCCUAUAUGGUACCAUCCUAUUCUUGUAAUUGAUGAUAAGUGAACACAAUAAAACCAUAGUGGUGUCAAUGUGUGUUUCCUGAAUUGUAUCUUUUUUCCUGGGCAAUAUUGUUGGACAUGUUCAAUAGCUUUGUUUUUAGUAGUAAGGUAUAUGUCUAUAAAGAAUAGACUUUCAAAAAUAAAUCUACCAUGACAAGUAUUCACAUUUAAAAGUGUGAUAACUAGCCCCAGCGUCACUUAAUAUCCUCCUGUUUGUGAUUGUGUACAAUUUUUUUUUAAUAAAUGA